GCAAGAGUUCUUUGAACGAUCAUAUGACAAUAUUUAAAGCUCCGGUUUAAGAUGGAUGCUAGGGGCUGUUACAGCGAAUGAAGUUCUUAGAGAGUGGAUUGCUGUGGGGGGUGAUUUUGUCUGAAAGUGUGGGAGAUCAGAGCAUUGACAUCAUUCGUUGGCUUGGUUUUCGUCUCAUGGUUUAAGUUGGCAGUGCUCGUGGAUGUGGAUGCAGCAAUUUUGCGGAGUGUUUAUAGGGUCGCGUUAGCAGCCGCCUCUUAUUGUUUUGCGGGUAAUAGUGCCGGUGGAGUUGUUUGUAUGGAGGCUCAGGUCAUAUUGGGGGUGCGUCUACUGGUACACCUUGAGUUUGAGUAGCUCCAAAGGGCAUUCAUGCACACCGGGAAAUGUAAGAGGCGCUGCGAAGCAUCAGGGGUGAGGAGUUUGGGAGGGUUUGAGGACAGAUCGCUUUGAGGAUGUGGUUGAAUGUGCGGCUUGAUAGUAAGAGAACAGGGCUUUUAGCAGUUGAUCUUAGGAGAGGGUUCAAGCAUGAAUCUCGAGCUUUAAAUUACCCUACAUGUGUGAGGUUAUGACUCCAAGCUUCGCUUCCGCUGUGUUGUCAUCGCUUCCCCCAACCUUCAACAGCGAGUUUAUUCCUAUCAGUGGUUAGAUUUACAUUGAUUGUAGAAUUCAGUGUGAGAUCUCACAACCUCGAAGUUGCCUGCUCUCUGUAGAAGUCAUCACCCCUCAUAUUGGGAGAAUACUCUACUUCUGUCUGUGAUCUGAGUUAAAAACCGACAGUAUCUUUUCGCUCGAGAUUGCACCACCCGUCGAGGAACUUCAGCGGAGUAAAAUUACGCGGCCAAGAUGGUGCACUUUGGGCAUUACAUUCUGGAUAACCAAAUUCCUGGCUGGGGAGAAUACUACAUCGGUUACAAGGCACUGAAGAAAAGGAUAAAGCAUUACUCUCAGCGUGCACACGCUUCUGGUAUAUCAGAUGAGGAACGCCACGAAAUUGUCAGAUCUUUUUCGGAGCUCCUUGACUCCCAGGUAGAGAAAAUCGUCUUGUUUCUAAUUGAGAGGCAGGGACUUCUAGCGGAGCGAUUGCAACGACUGCGCAAACAGAGAGAGAUGGCUAACCAAGACUAUUAUGAUGAUGAAACCGGUGAGCCUCCAUGUAGCCCGGCUGUAGUGCCUUGGGUUAUGAUGGAUGAAUAUAGGCAUAUUGGUUACGAUCUUCUACAGUUGUUGGAGUUUGUGGAGCUCAAUGCUACAGGGAUACGUAAAAUUUUGAAGAAGUUCGACAAACGAGUUGGUUUUCGUCUUGGUCACCAAUACAUAUCUUCAAGAUCCAAUCACCCCUACUCACAGCUUCAACAAGUGUUUCGCCAAGUGGGAUUAGGGGCUAUGGUGGCUACCAUAUCCCGCAAUCUCGCUGAAUUGAGACAGGAGAACUUGGAAACAAGCUCCACGAGUAGCGUUAUUUCUCUUUUCCGUAAUUCUUCUCUCCCUAGACGGGUAGUCGAGAAGGAGCCCGUUAUUCAGUCGAUUGUGGAAACCAUGCAUCGUUUGACCCGAGAGAUCAGUAUUCAGUCUUUCGUCGCCAAUGAGCUUCUUCUACCUGCACCGAAGGAAGAAAUUGCUGGAAUACCCGGCAAACAAGAGGAUUAUCAUUUUAUGUCUAUACAACUUAACCUCUUGAACACUUUCCUCUACAUGGUGAACUACUACAUUGUGGUUCCAUCUUCAGAUGAUUAUGCUGAGCUACUACAUGCUCCAGCCACCCUAUGUGGUAUUAUUAUAGGGUCCAUGCCCCUAGCAGCCCUUGUGUCUUCUCUUAUAUACAGCUGGUGGUCGAAUUUCUCCUACACUGCGCCUCUGUUAAUCAGUACUCUGAUCUUGAUGGCUGGCAACUUGAUGUAUGCAUUGGCGCUUUACUUCAACUCCAUUUGGCUCCUCCUCCUUGGCCGCUUUUUGUGCGGCUUGGGUGGUGCGAGGGCGAUCAACCGGAGAUACAUCUCUGACCAUGUUCCAGUCAAGCAGCUGACAAGUGCCUCUGCAGCCUUUGUGAGCGCUAGUGCCCUGGGGAUGGCAGUUGGCCCAGCUCUUGCAGGUGCUCUUAGUAAACUUAAUUUCAAGAUUUAUGGAGCGCCUGUGAAUUUUGUGACUUCCCCAGGAUGGUUACUGUUUGCUGCUUGGGCUGGGUAUUUUCUCUUGAUUGUGCUGUUUUUCAAAGAACCUGAGAGGCCGCAACCAACUGGACCUAUAUCAAGGCACGUCUCUGAGAAGGACCUGGCCGGCGUGAAUGACUCUUCGCGAAUUCCUUCAACGUUGAAUGAGCCUCUGUUGCCAUCACUGUCAGGAGAUCCUCCAAGACCAGUUAUCCUCAACUUGCCAAAAGAUCUGCAGUCAGAUGAGGAAGAUGGGAAGGGUGAUGAUUCAGAUUAUGGUGAUGAUAGGGCGGUUGAGACAGUUAGCGAACUCAUGAAGGAGCUAACCGUGCCCAUCAGGAUUCUACUGUGGAUCUAUUUUAUGCUUAAGUUCGCUUCUGAGCUUCUCAUUUCUGAAUCCAGCAUAUUGACCCAAUAUUAUUUUAAUUGGACUACUUAUCAGGUUUCUAUCUUUUUGUCGCUUCUAGGUUUGACUGUACUGCCGAUUAGUGCCGUUGUUGGAAACUGCAUCAGCAACAUUUAUGAAGACAGGCUUGUAGUUUUGUGGACUCAAAUCACCACUGGCGUUGGUGUUAUUGCAAUUCUCUGCUAUAGCCCCUUUUUCCAGUACAGCACAUACCAAUAUGUGGCAGCAGCAAUUAUCAUAUUUGUUUCUACAAAUGUGCUCGAAGGUGUGAACAUGUCACUGUUAGCGAAGGUCAUGUCCCCUCGCUUAUCCAGGGGAGUAUUCAAUUGUGGUCUCCUCUCCACCGAAGCAGGUACACUUGCUCGUGCUUUGGCAGAUGGGAUGAUCACUGUCGCAGGAAAAGCAGGCAUGGAAAAUCUCCUUAACUUUUCUAUGUUCCCCACCCUCUUCAUCGUCGUAUUCACAACUGUGUACACGUGGAUAGGUUACUACACUCUAUAUUGAGCAUAGCUUUCUUUGGCAACGCUUUGUCAAUUCAUUUGAAGGGCAUACAUCGAUUUUUUCCUGUUCCCUACUCACCAUCAACUCAUUUCCAAGCCUAUAUAGAUGACAUGAGAAGAUGUGGCCCUAAAUUUAAGCCACUUGUCUCAUGGUUUGGAAAGUGGUUAAGCAUUAGAAGGGAGCAGAAGCAUCAAAAGCUGCGUGUGAAGUGUCCCUCUGCACUAUUGGAUCACAUAACAGCUCCCAUGGUUGAGCAGUGACAUGGUUUCAGGGGUUGAGCAGUUGUAAGUCUUGCAUUAAGAUUAGCCAUUUCAUUUGUAGCUGUUAAGCAACUACUAUCAGCAGAUUGUUCGAUUGCAGGGCUGCAUGAGCAGUUUAGCACAUUCUUCCUGGUGAAUCUUGUGUGGAUCAGGGUCAUUUGAAGGUUAGAGCUUCAGAUCCUCAAUUUUGCUUUCGAGGUUCUGAUUUAUACUGUGAAUAUUACAAUCGGUAUCCGAGAACAAAUGAUUUUAUGACGAUAAUUCUUUUUACCAUUCUUCUGACAGUAAGAAUAUCUUUUGACACUGUUUUCAUUA